AUGCUUACUACUAUUUUUAUGUUUGGUUUUGAUAUUAAUAUACAAAAUUCUAAUAGAGUAUUGUGUAAACUAUUGUUCUAUAUCACAUCUCUCUUUUCUACACUUUUACCUAAUGUUUUAAUACUUGCAUCGCUCGAUCGUCUGUUAAUUUCUUCUCAAAAUGUUAAUAGACGUUUAUAUAGUUCGAAGCGUUUAGCAUAUUUUUCUAUAAGUAUUAGUGUAUGUUUUUGGAUCAUUUUUCUUCUUCAAAUUCUUAUUACAGCUGAUAUUCAAGAGUUAGCUCCUUCUGUUUUUGUUUGUUAUUAUGCUUUGUCAUCAUUUUAUCAAAUAUUUAUUACGUAUUUGCAUGUAAUAAUCAAUAGUGUUGCAUCUGGUAUCAUGGUAAUUUUAUCAAUUUUAGCUUUUAAAAAUGUUCGUCGAAUUCGAUCUAUUCCACAUCAACAGCGCAAUCAACUUCGAUCGAUGAAUAAAAAAGAUUUCCAACUUCUUCGUUGCUUAUAUGCUCAAGAUAUUAUAUAUAUUAUAUGUACCAGUAUUCCAUGUGUUAUUCAAAUUUAUGAAAGUUUACCAAAGGAUGAAAUACAUACACCAAUUGAAAACGCUAUAGAUAAUUUUAUCAAUCAAUUUGGUAUUUUUCUUUAUCAUAUUCCUUAUUGUGCAAGUUUUUAUAUAUAUAUUAGUAUGUCAAAAGCAUUUCGUCAUGAAUUUAAACGAUUAAUUUAUAAGAUUUCGUGUAAAAAUUUAAUAUCAAUACGAGAAGAAGAACAUAGACAAAACAAUAUGGAAUUAAAUGUUGUUGAUGUUGUAAGCACUAUUAUAGUACCAGCUUAA